AUGUCAAUGGACCCCCCUCCGCCACCAGCUGCUGCUGCGUCUGGCGACGUUGCCGAAGCGCCUGCCCCAAAGGCGGCACGUAGCGAAAGCUUCUCUUCGCAGAAAUCCAGCGACUCCCAAACUGCCGCUGAAUUCAUUCGCGACCAGAUGCAGCUAGAGGCUGACGCCCGGGAAGCUCUUCCAUACAGCAUCGAAAACUGCACCAAAAUUCUUGGUUCCCUUCGACAGAGUGUCUUUGCAUGUCUGACUUGCAACCCGCCUCCCACGAACCCGAAGGAUUCCUACAAUGCAGCUGGAGUUUGCUAUGCUUGCUCAGUCCAAUGUCAUGGGGAACACACUCUUGUCGAAAUUUUCACCAAGAGGAAUUUCACCUGCGAUUGUGGUACCACACGAUAUCCUGCGACCAGCCCCUGUAGCUUGCGAGUGAACUCCAGCACGAACACCAAAGGCGGCGUGCAUUCAGAGGAGCCAGACGCAAACAAUAAGUACAACCAAAACUUUAGGAACAGAUUCUGCGCGUGUGAGUGCGACUACGAUCCGUUUCAACAGAAGGGCACCAUGUUUCAAUGCUUGGGCUUGGGCACAACAGAGACUGGCGGAUGCGGCGAAGAUUGGUAUCACCCUGGUUGUCUUGUCGGCAUGGGUCCGAAGUGGUUUGAGGACAUGAAGAAAGGAGCCGGGAUUAAGGCACAUGAUGUGAACUCAGAGAAGGAGGCCUUGCCCACAAUCUCCGAGGACUCGGAGUCCCGUCCAACAGGAGCUAUUGAUGCGGAAGCUAAGGAUGAGGACGAAGAAGAUGAGGAUGUGCCAAUGCCACCUGGAUUUCCCGGAGAAGAUGAUUUCGAAGCCUUUCUCUGCUAUAAGUGCGUCAAUGCCAACCCAUGGAUCAAGAAAUACGCGGGUGCCAAGGGAUUCUUGCCCCCAGUCUUCUCGAGUCAGGGCAACGGAGGCGCAGCGACUACGGAGGAAACGUCUAAAAAACGGAAAGUGGAAGAUGAUGGUGUUGAAACACACGCUAAGCGACUGAAGAGCGAUCUUGAGGCGUCUCAAAGCCAUCCUGAUAUCAGUGAGUCAAAAGCCAUUCCAGAGGUCACAGAGGAAGCCUCUGCGUGCAAGUGGGCUGCACUCCCCAUGCCACCGGACGAAGACUUUUCUCUCUUUCUGAAGGAGGACUUCCGCAAUCAUAUUUGCCGAUGUUCGUCAUGCUACCCCAACUUGGAUCCGCACCCUCAACUACUUGAAGAGGAAGAAACGUACGAGCCGCCGCUAUCCGAUGGAGGCGACUCUGAGCAUGGUGGCUCAACCAACGGAAGUGGAAGUCUUUUGGAGCGAGGCGAGAGCGCGCUGCGCAAUGUUGACCGUGUCCGGGCGAUCGAGGGCGUUAUGGCUUACAAUCAUCUCAAGGAUCAGCUGAAACCCUUCUUCCAGAAAUUUGCUGAGAGCGGGCAGGCUAUUGGCGCUGAGGACAUCAAGUCUUAUUUCGCCAAACUUAGAGGCGAUGAGCAGGCCAUCAAGGAUGCUGGAGAUGCAGCCAGCAACUCGAAGGAUGAUGAGGACGGUCACCGCCGAGAGCAAAGCGGAUACUGA